UGUGUGUGUGUGUGUGUGUGUGUAUAUGGGGAGGGUUGGUUUGCAAAAGUGCAAUGACGUAACAUGAGCUGUAACUCCUGGAGAGAGAGAGAGAGAGAGAGAUGGUGUCUUUCUGUGCAGGGCUGUGGAGGGGAGUGAAAAACUUAUCUAUUUGUGGAUUCCAACACCACCAUAUAAUAUCCUGGGCGAUGCAUUGGCGCUUUAGAAUAAUGCUCUCUCAGCAAUGGAUGUAGAGAAGGAAUCUGGACGACAAUUGCGAGCGUUUUGCAGACGGCGAUACGACGAUGAGGAUUUAUCAGACGAGGAGAUAACCAACAUGAGGUCCUUCGACGUGGAAGAAAAGCUGAGCAGUGACACGUACUGCUCCAGUUUCGUGCACUUUAUGAAGGGGGCAGAUUUUACAUUUGAAUAUGUGCAGAGGGAAGCGAUACGGGUUCCCCUCAUCUUCAGGGAGAGAGAUGGACUUGGGAUCAAAACUCCAGAUCUCAAUUUUAGCGUCAGGGACGUGAAACUAUUCGUUGGGAGCCGAAGGAUCGUGGAUGUGAUGGACGUGAGCACACAGAAGGGGAUUGAGAUGAGCAUGUCCCAGUGGGUGCGUUACUACGAGACCCCUGAAGCCGAGCGAGAGAAACUCUACAAUGUCAUCAGCCUGGAGUUCAGCCACACCAAACUGGAGAACCUGGUCAAGAGACCCACCGUGGUGGACCUGGUGGACUGGGUGGACAACAUGUGGCCGCGGCACCUGAAGGAGAAGCAGAUCGAGCCGACCAACGCCAUCGCCGAGAUGAAAUACCCCAAAGUUCAAAAGUACUGUCUGAUGAGUGUGAAGGGAUGCUACACUGAUUUCCACAUUGACUUUGGGGGCACUUCAGUCUGGUAUCACAUCCUGCGCGGGGGAAAGGUUUUCUGGUUAGUACCUCCCACAGUGCACAACCUGGAGAUUUACGAGGAGUGGGUUCUGUCGGGGAAACAGGGAGACAUUUUCCUGGGAGACCGUGUGGACGGGUGUCAGCGCGUGGAGCUCAAACAAGGCUACACCUUCCUCAUCCCCUCAGGAUGGAUCCACGCUGUUUACACGCCUGAGGACACCCUGGUGUUCGGGGGGAAUUUUUUGCACAGUUUUAACAUUCCCAUGCAGCUCCACAUCUACGAGAUUGAGGACCGUACCCGAGUGAACGGCAAGUUCCGCUACCCAUUUUACUAUGAGAUGUGCUGGUAUGUGCUGGAACGCUACGUCUUCUGUCUGACCAAACGCUCACACCUCACCAAGGAAUACCGCAGGGAGUCGAUGCUGAUAGAUAACGAGUGGAAAGCCAAAGUGGAGAGCCCGGUGGGGAUGGGGGAGUGCCGGACGGACAUGGAGGAGAGAGUGUGCGACAUGAGGAUCAAAGAGGAGCGCGACGAGACCAGCUUCCAGAGCGCAGACCCACCGUCGCCCAACGGCGAGCCCAGCGAGACCCCCAAGAAGAGACGCAAGCCAGCCAAGCAGCUGAUACGAUCCAUCUCCGAGGACUCGGACACCAGCAGCAAGUCCCAGGGGCCGGUCUCCCCGGAGCCCCCCCGGACCCCCGCGGCCGAGGGGCCCAGCAAGUGGAUCCACCUGACGGAGUUCGAGCUGAAGGGGCUGAAGGCGCUGGUGGAGAAACUGGAGUCUUUGCCCGACAACAAGAAAUGCGUCCCCGAGGGCAUCCGGGAUGCCUCCGCUCUUCUGGGGGACAUGAAGGCUGUGCUGGAGGAACACACUGAGGACAGUCAGAAGCUGUCAGUCACUGGCCUCCCCAUUGUGACUUGGCCCAGGAAAACCGCGAAGCACCGGGCGGUGGGGCGGCCGAAGGGGAAGCUGGGAGCCUCGGCGGCUGUGAAACUCGCCGCUAACCGUGCCACGGCCGGUGCUCGCCGGCGCAGGACCCGAUGCCGGAAAUGCGAGGCCUGUCUGCGCACCGAGUGUGGCGAGUGCCACUUCUGCCGGGACAUGAAGAAGUUCGGGGGGCCGGGCCGCAUGAAGCAGUCGUGCAUCAUGCGCCAGUGCAUAGCGCCGGUCUUGCCACACACGGCCGUCUGCCUGAUCUGCGGGGAGGCCGGGAAGGAGGACACCGUGGAGGAGGAGGAGAAGUUCAACUUCAUGCUGAUGGAAUGCUCCAUUUGUAACGAAAUCGUGCACCCCAGCUGCUUAAAGGUGCAGGAUGCUGAGGGAGUUGUGAACGAGGAGCUCCCCAAUUGCUGGGAAUGUCCCAAGUGUAACCACGAGGGCAAAACCGGGAAAGUCUACAAGCAAAAGCGAGGCCCUGGGUUCAAAUACGCCUCUAACUUACCGGGGUCUUUGCUGAAGGAGCAGCGGCUGAACCGGGAUCUGAAGGAUUCCCCGGAGACCCCCGGGAAGAAGGGAGAGCGGGAGGAGAACCCCAAGCGCAGGUCGGAGGAGCAUCCCAGGAAAGGCGACGGCAUUCCAAGGAGGAAGUCCGAGGAGGGGCCGGGUGUGAGGAAACGCCGGGAUGUGGACAGGCUCUCUGAGCCCAUCGUUAGGAAAAAGCUCAAGAUUGGGAAGGAGGAGAAACUCAUGAGGAAAAAGAAACGGUCUUUACUCCCGAACGAAGACCACUGCACCCCCAUCAAGUCGCUGCGUAACAUCAAGCAGGAGCCUGAGGACGAUCCCCAGCUCGGCUCAGUACCUCUCACUCCGCAACGAGCCAAGGAGAGCGACCAAUCUCGCUCCAGCUCCCCUCGAGCCGGUCCCAGCUCCGAGACCGACCCGUCCAAGGACAAGGAGAGGGACAAGGAGAGGGACAAGGAGAAGGACAGGGAGAAGGACAGGGAGAGGAGCGAGCGGCAGAGAGAGAAGAGGAAGAAACGCCUUCACAACAAGGAGCUGAGUAAAGAGUUGAGCAAAGAGCUCAACCUGGAGAUCCACAAGACGGAGAGCAGCCUGGCCAACGAGAACCAACAGCCCAUCAAGACCGAAGGGGACGUGGAGAAAGCGGAGAAGCCCAAGCGCCAGCCGGCCAGCGGUGACAAACUGCACCGGCUCGGCAAAGGGCUGAACGGGGCAGCCAGGCUACGGCACCCGCUGGGCGGGGGGGGAGGGGGUGGCUUACGCCGAGCUCCCAGGGUCAUCGCCCGCCCCCCACCCUCCAUCUCGCCCACCAAGUUCAUCCCCAUGGAGCGUCACGUCAUCAGGCCCCCGCCCGUCAGCCCGCCCCCGGACUCGCUCCCCCUGGUGGACGGGGAGGACCACGUGAUUCAGAGGGAGGUGUGGAUGGCUGUCUUCGGCUCCCUCAGCCGCAGGGACCUGUGCGUCUGUAUGAGGGUCUGCAAAACCUGGAACAGAUGGUGCUGUGACAAGAGGUUGUGGACGAAUAUCGAUUUGAAUCGCUGUAAAUCGAUUACACCCCUCAUGCUGAGUGGCAUUAUCAGGAGGCAACCCGUCACCCUGGACCUGAGCUGGACAAACAUCUCGAAAAAACAGCUCACCUGGCUCAUCAACCGGCUGCCAGGUCUGAAGGACUUGGUUGUCUCAGGCUGUUCCUGGGCAGCGAUCUCUGCCCUCUGUAGUUCCAGUUGCCCUUUGCUCAGGAUCCUCGACCUCAGAUGGGUGGAAGGACUGAAAGACGCUCAGAUGAGAGAUUUGCUCUCCCCUCCAACUGACAACAGACCAGGCCAGAUCGACAAUCGUAGCAAGCUACGUAACGUGAUGGACCUGCGCCUGGGCGGGCUGGAUGUCACGGACUCGACACUCCGGCUUAUAAUCCGCCACAUGCCGCUGCUCGCCAAACUGGAUCUCAGUUACUGCAAUCACCUAACCGACCAGUCGAUGAACUUGCUCACCGCGGUGGGCAGCAGCACCAGGGAUUCCUUGACGGAGAUCAACCUAUCAGUUUGCAAUCGAGUCACUGACCAAUGCCUGGCCUACUUCAAACGUUGUGGCAACGUCUGUCGGAUAGACCUCCGCUAUUGCAAGCAGAUAAGUAAAGAAGGCUGUGAAAAGUUCAUAGCAGAGAUGUCUGUCAGUGUUCAGUUCAGCCUGUCAGAGGAGAGACUAUUACAGAAACUUAGUUAACUGCAGGAAACCCAGUUGAAGGGACACUUGGAGACUUGUGUCCGUGAAGGAGGGACAUCGGACGUUCUGCUCCCUGUCAUUUAAUUACUCCCAGCUUCCGCUUCAAACACAGGAAAAGCCUGGAUUGGGCUGGUGGAGCGGAGAGAUUGAAAACACUGUUCAGCAACAGAAGCUGCUUACUUUGAACCAGAAACUUUUCUACUGGCUUAAAAACAUCACUCCGAAGUACAAAACUUUAUGUUUUAAAUGUGUGUGUGUGUCUGUAUAUAUAUAUUAUAUAUAUAUAUAUAUAUAUAAAAUGAAGAAACCCACACCCAUUCACGAGCGUUUGACCGAACACGGAGGGAAAAGCGAGAGGGAGAAGAAAAUAACAGAUUGAACGCAACAUUUCCAUGCACGAAUUACAAUUAGGGGCAUGUACAUUGUAAAUUUUUAUUUUUUGUUCCUUUUUAAAACCGGCCGCAGUCUUAAAAACGAAAAAAAAAAUUGUGGACAUAUCCGACCGUAUAUUGGGAGUCAUUUCAACCUGGUUAUAAAUAAUGUUCUGUUUUGCUACACUCUUAACCAUCGUACAUUAUCCAGAAAUAUUUUUGUACAGAAAUUACUUUAUUGAGAGUACAGUACUGUGAAAAAAAAUCAAUAUUUCCAAAUUCUCCCAUUCUUACAAUAUCAGAUUCCUUCCCUUCCCAUCAGUCGUUCGCUCGCUGGUGGUUUAAUCUCUGUACAAUUACACAUGUUUCAAUGACCAUGUGGGUUGAUCUGUGUGAUGUUUGUAUGUGCCAUCAUUGCAUGCCUCUCAAAACAAGGGGCAUUGAAGCAGCCACAAUACUGUUAGGUGACUGAUGUUGGUUUACCACUUAAUUGCUGUUGCCAUUUUGUCAUUGCUGACUUUGUAUAAAACUUUUGUCUUCA